AUGUCUGAGCCCCGACGGUCGACGAGGGCGCGCGCCCGCGAAGACGCCGCCCCGGCUGCCCCCGACACGCCCAACGACAAGCCCGCCAAAGCCGCCAAAGCCGCCCUGAAGCGCAAGCGGACCAGCCUCGCCGUCAAAGACGCGCCGCCCUCGACGCCCGUUGCUGAGGGCGCGCCGCUGCCCCCACGACAGACGCUGCCCCUCCAGCUGGUCGACGGCGCGCCGCUGCCCACACUGCGCGAGCCACAGCCCCUCCACCUUCCAUCGAGCGAAUGGCAGACGAUCCAGCAGAGCCGCGUCCUCGAGACGUCCUUCGAGCGCUCCAAAGCUGUCUGGCUGUCUGGCGCCAACUUUCGCACCUUCCAUGCCCACUUCAACCAGCCCAAGAAGCUGGCCGACCGCACCGACGAGGACAAGGCCAAGACGGCGAGACAGAAGGAGCUGCUCAAGAACUUCCCCCAGGUCGGUGCCGACCGGGUGAGCGUGAAGCUCGUCAUAGAGCCGCACACGCUGCCUAUUCGCCUCUACGGCCCGCGCGAGGUGGGCAGACCAGCACAGAAAAAGCCUCCCGCGCCAUCGCCCUAUGCUCCCUGGCCAAACCACAACCAGCCCAACCAACACACCAAAUACCAGGGUGGCCAGCCCAUACAGCAGAAGCCCCAGCCACGCCCACCCCAGCCCCCCAAACCUGUCCAGGCCGCGCCUCCGCCUCAGGCCCCCGCAGCCCCCGCCCCCGAUCCCGUCAUACACAUGCUCGCCGCGAGAGCAGGAACAGAUCCCGAGCUGAAGGCUGUCAUGAAGAUAGUCGCCGCUGGCUCGGCAAGCAAGGAGCAGCUCGAGUUCUUCCAGACACACAUCAACGAAUUGACGGCGAUUCUGGCCAGGCAGAAGGAGGAAAAAGCGCCCAAACCAACUCCGCCAACGCAACCCCCCAAAUCUACGCCGCCGCCUCCAGCACCGAAACACACAGCUCCUCCUCCGCUUCCCCGCCCAGUCCAGCCAGUCCAACAGCCUCUGCAGCCCAGCACGCCCAAGCCGUACAGUCCGGUCCCGCCACAGGGACAGAUGCAGCAACCCUCGCCUACACAACAGCCAUAUCCACCCUAUCCGAACAACUUCAGCAAACCGCCGCAAUACCACCCGCCGCCGCAACUAUCGACCUACAACCCACCCCCGAGGACAACAUAUCGCCCGUUGGUCUUCAGUUUUGUCCAUGGCAGCGAAGACAAGUUUUACUUCCCUUCGUAUAGUUUCAUGGAAUGGCUUCCCAAUGGCACAGGUGCAAAGCUGUCCUUCCUCAUCACCAAGAUGAAGCCAAGGCCGGAUCCAGUCGUCAAACCUCCGUCUGCCUCUGCUCAAAAGUCAAUGCCAACGCCGAUUCCGACUCUCGGUACUGCGACUAAUGCUAUGCCUGACGCACCCCCACCGAAUGCCAUCAUACCAACACCCAGCCCCACCAACCCUGCUUUUGCGUCCAUACAACCCGCCGCAUCAGCCCCCUCGGCAACCUUCGUGCCGCCUAAACCGCCCCAACGAAUCGAAGAUUUUGACGAGAUGAACGAGAUAGACAACAUUGAAUUCUACCAGCCAGUUACUGUCCUUCUACUGAUCGAGCACGAUGAAGGCGACGAAAUCGCAAGCGCCUUGCCGCGCUCGAUACGACCACCGCAUGUCGUGGAUAAAUACAUGAACGAGGUGUUUGAUAAGUGCAAAAGGGCAGAGGAGACGUAUCUAGCCUUCAGACUGCCCAAAGACGGCGAUGAGUUGCCAGAGAAGAGAAUAAGGAGCGGCGACGUGACGCCUGCGGUUGCAACGCCGACUCAGGACGUCGCCAUGGGAGGGAUGGUGCUACGGUCGCAGUACUUUCUCUGCGUCGACAUUCCCGACAGUAUAAAGUAUUUAGGCAGCGCAAGACCACGUCCUGUGACUGAAAUCAUGCCCAACCUCAAAGCCAUCUUUACAAAAGCGUACUGGACAUUUGCCAUUCUAGGCAUUGUCUGGGCCGCGUUUGUGGGCCUAUUGGUCAAUCCCACGGUACAAAGGCACGCUCUCUAUGCCCAUAAAUUUCACACGGGGUUCUACCACAACGUGACGAAUCCCGAAGAAUUCGGCUUUGCGAAGGGGCAAGUACAACCCUUUUGGCUUACUACAGCGGAUCAAGAGAAGCUCUUUUGCUGGCAUGUACUUCCUCUAGAUGUUUAUCUGGAGAAUGAACAUGAGCUUUUUACUGCUGCUGUUUCGGGGGAAGUUGCAGAGGAAUUGAAGGGAACGAUAGGAGAGAAGCUGUUGAGCAGCGACCCGGAAAGUAGGGUUGUGGUCAACUUUCAUGGUAACGCUGGCCACAUAGCCCAAGGUUACCGCCCCUCAACCUACCGCUCCGUCUCUGGCAUCCCAAAAACUCACCUCGUAACCUGCGACUACCGGGGCUUCGGUCUCUCCACGCUCACACACUCCCCGCAUAUCCCCACUGAAAGCGGUCUAAUAGCCGACGCCUUAAGCCUGAUUUCCUACAUCACCUCGGACCUCUCUCAUUCAAGCACACGCACCGUUCUCCUGGGCCAGAGCCUCGGCACCGCCGUAACAGCCGCCAGCGCGCUCUACUUCACCAAUUCCACCUCCGAGCACCUCCCAUUGGCCAUUACAUCCCCAUCUGUAACAUUCAAACCAUCCCGUAACUUUGAAGGUUUCGCCGGCAUCGUCCUAGUAGCCCCCUUCACCUCGCUCCCCCAACUCCUCAAGACCUACAAAAUCGGCGGCGUUCUCCCCAUCCUAAAACCACUGCAAGGCUACCCCAGGAUAGCAAACUAUCUAUCCACUCGCAUCGUCGACCACUGGCCCACCCUCACCCGCCUACGCGCCCUCAUCUCCACCGCCUCAGCCAACAAGUCCGGUUUCCACAUUACUCUCCUGCACGCACGAAACGACCAGGAUAUCACGUACUGGGAAUCUGAAGCGUUGUUCCAGCCACUGGCUACGCAAAUGUUGACGGAAGAAGGGGUUGUGGCGGAGGAGGAGAGGAGAACGAUUCAAGGGGCGAAUAGGGUCAAGAGGGGUGCUUUUGCGUAUAAGAAGGUCGAGGACGACAAGGGAGAUAGGAUGGUGGAGUUGGAGGUUGUGAGGUAUGGAGGGCAUAAUGAAGUGGUGGGGUGGACGCAGGUUAGUCUUGCGAUUAGGAGGGCGUUUGUGAGGAAGACGAUGAGGCCGGGGUUGGACGUUGAGUAG